CAGUUUCAUGGCUGCAGCCGGCGUGACUCCUCCUGCUUCCCUGGAUGCGCAGCUGCCCGGAUUCUCCAAGGCGCUACUGGGCGCGAGGCUGGAGGAGAAGUACCUGUGCUCGGCCUGUAGGAACGUGCUGCGGCGGCCUUUCCAGGCCCAGUGUGGCCACCGCUACUGCUCCCGAUGCCUGGCUGGCAUCCUCAGCUCUGGGCCUCAGAACUGUGCUGCCUGUGUGCACGAGGGCAUCUAUGAGGAGGGUGUCUCAGUGCUGGAAAGCAGCUCGGCCUUCCCCGACAAUGCUGCCCGCAGGGAGGUGGAGAGCCUGCCAGCCGUCUGUCCCAACCAAGGCUGUAGCUGGAAGGGGACCCUAAAGGACUAUGAGAGUGGCCACGAGGGCCAUUGCCCGUUCAUGCUGACCGAGUGCCCAGCGUGUAAGGGCCUGGUGCGUUUGUGCGACAGGGAGCAGCAUGCGGGGUACGAAUGUCCAGAAAGGAGCCUUAGCUGCGGGCACUGCCAGGCUCCCUUCUGUGGAGCUGACAUUAAGGUGCACCAGGAAACCUGUCCCCAAUUCCCCUUGACCUGCGAGGGCUGCAGCCAGAAGAUCCCACGACACAGAUUCCAGGAGCAUGGGAAGAUGUGUGGCCAGGGCCGAGUGCCGUGCAGGUUUCAGGCUGUUGGCUGUCCUGAGCUGGUGGAAAACGAGGGGCAGGUGGAGCAUGAGGCACAGAAGCUUCGGGAGCACCUGGUCCUGUUGCUGAGCAGUCUUCUGGAGACCCAGCGCCUCAUGGGCCCGGCUCAGGAACUGCCCUCAGCCGUAGAAUUGGUGCAGCGCUGCAGCUCUCUGGAGCGGAAAACAACCACCUUUGAGAACAUUGUCUGCGUCCUAAACCGCGAGGUGGAAAGGGCGGCCAUGACUGCUGAGGCCUGUGGCCGGCAGCAUCGCUUGGACCAAGAGCGGAUUGAAGCCCUAAGUAACAAGGUGCAGCAGCUAGAGAGGACUGUGGGCCUGAAGGACCUGGUCAUAGCCGAGUUGGAGCAGAAGGUCCGUGAGCUGGAGGCCUCCACCCAUGACGGAGUCUUCAUCUGGAAGAUUUCUGACUUCACCCGCAAGCGACAGGAGGCGGUGGCUGGCCGCACGCCUGCUAUCUUCUCCCCAGCCUUCUACACCAGCAGGUAUGGCUACAAGAUGUGUCUGCGCAUCUACCUGAAUGGGGAUGGCACGGGCCGCGGGACCCACCUGUCCCUCUUCUUCGUGGUGAUGCGGGGCCCCCACGACGCCCUCCUGCGGUGGCCUUUCAACCAGAAGGUCACGCUGAUGCUGCUGGACCACAACAACCGCGAGCAUGUCAUCGACGCCUUCAGGCCCGAUGUGACCUCAUCAUCCUUCCAGAGGCCGGUCAGUGACAUGAACAUUGCCAGCGGCUGUCCACUCUUCUGCCCUGUCUCCAAGAUGGAGGCCAAGAACUCCUAUGUACGUGAUGACGCCAUCUUCAUCAAGGCCAUUGUGGACCUCACGGGGCUCUAGCCAAUGCCUGACAGGGUCAGGGAUCAAGCUGAGGGAAGCUGGGCAUAGGCAGAGCCCUGAGUACAGAGCCGGGCAGAGUGCCUGAGUGUGGCUGGUCAGAAUGGGGCCUCCUGGCGGGCGGUGCUGGGAGGGGUCUGUAGGCUUAUACACUGUGCAGCCUGGCUGGCAGGCAGCAAAAAAAGGACUUGGUGUAGAGCAUGGGGAGGUGGGGCACAUCCUGUUCCCCCACAGGCAUCUAGCCUGUGGCCUUCCAUGCUGGCACAAAGUGGUUCUGACACUCCAGCACACCUGUGGGUUAGACCAGGCUGGGUUUCCACCUUUGGGUGCAGGAUGGGCUCACAGGACUGUAGUCCUGGUGCGGACAUGGUGAGCCCCUGUGACUGGCCCUGUGUGGUCAGGAUCAUGUGGCAAGGACGUCAGGGCCAUAGUGUGCAGUCUCUGUCAAGAGGGCAGACAAGCUGGGGCAGCAAGCAUGUGGUGCUAGGCUAGAGCUUUCUCAUUAAAGGGAACACAGAAAUCACUGGGCUCCUUGCUGCCCUCCAA